CGUGGGCCGUGAAUGGGGGAGGGGAUGGACCGAGUUCUGGGUUGUGGGGAUGAGGGUUCAGGAAGAUCCGCCGAGUGAGAUUCUGUUCCCUGGAGCUGCACCGGGUUCCCUCCGAGUCUCCUUCAGCCUCCCGGCUUCGGAGCGUGAGACUGAAAGCAUCCUGACAGAGGGCCUUCCAGCCCCUAAGCAUCUUACCCAGAGAUCUAUAAGUUCUGAUCUUGAAGUACGAGGUCCCCAGGGAAGUUCGUUUCUAACCUCCCAGAAGGGUUAGAAGGGGACCGAGGCUGCCGGAUUCCCGCCUGCUGUGGUGGGUAGGCCGAGCGGGAGCAUGGGGGCAAAGGCUCCGAGCCUUGAACCUUCAUCUCCCAUUUCCGCUUCCAGCGGGGUGCCACGGCUCGGGAAGCAUGACGACCGAGACCUUCGUGAAGGAUAUCAAGCCCGGGCUCAAGAAUCUGAACCUUAUCUUCAUUGUACUGGAGACAGGCCGCGUGACCAAGACAAAGGACGGGCACGAGGUCCGGACCUGUAAAGUGGCAGACAAAACAGGCAGCAUCAACAUCUCAGUGUGGGAUGAUGUGGGCAACCUAAUCCAACCUGGGGACAUUAUCCGACUCACCAAAGGAUUCUGUAUGGUUUAUUCUGAAGUUCCUAAUUUCAGCGAGCCCAAUCCAGAGUAUAACACCCAGCAGGCGCCCAACAAAUCGGUGCAGAAUGACAGCAGCCCUACUACCCCACAAGCUACCACAGGACCCCCUGCUGCCUCUCCAGCUUCUGAGAGCCAGAACGGGAAUGGACUAAGCACCCAGCCAGGUCCUGUUGGCGGCCCCCAUCCUUCUCACACCCCCUCACAUCCCCCCAGCACCCGAAUCACUCGAAGCCAACCCAACCACACGCCUUCUGGACCUCCUGGCCCCUCCAGCAACCCUGUCAGCAACGGCAAAGAAACUCGCAGAAGCAGCAAGAGAUAGCAAGAAAUGAGUCCUCUCCUUUCUUCCACCACAGCCAUAACCCAGGUGUCUCUGCCAGAGAAUGAGACACUCUUCUAUUAGGCCGCUGGAUUUGGGAUUAGAGGGUGAAGUAGCUGUGUUUUAGCCACUAAAUUUCCGUGGAGGGGUGGUAAGCAGCGGCCUUAUCCACCUCAAACUCACGCCCUCCUUGGCCUGCUGAUGCUGUCUGUCCCCUGGGAUCCAGGGUCCUCUGCCUGCCCUCCUUUGGAAGAGACAGUCUGGUUUUGUGUGGGAUAUUAGGGUCUAACUGAAAUCCCUUCUUCCUAAUAAAUGUUCCCACUCAUU